AUGUGGUCGUAUUCGUGGUCAAAAAUCCGAGCAUUGGAGAAAUCCUCAAACCAGCCUUCCUUGCCACACGCCAUCAUCGUCUUCAAUGCUUCGGAUCCGCAGGACCCAAACCUAGCUGCCGAAGAGUCGUUCUGGAGCAUAGAAGCCACCACAAAAGAAGUUUUCACAGCGCUUUCUCGUCUGCUGCACGAGAGCGACGCGUUCAACAAGUACGUGGACAUGUGGAAGAAAAAGGGAAGGAUGGUCAACAGCUUCGAGGCUCUGGUCAUCCGGGUUCCCGCGCGACAGCAGCCAAAAUUGAUUCAUGAGCAAGCUAAGAAGCUUUAUCUCAGCAUCAACAACAGCUGCAGACAGUCACACCAGACGAGAGAACGUCUCCGCAUGCUUUUUGACGUCGGAGAUUUGCAAACAUACAUGGAGUGCGCCGUCGAACAUUUCGCAACCACCUUGAAAGACCCUUUCGACUUCGUCCGAGCAUCCAAUGUCAACAGCCCCAUCCCCUUCAACUUUGCUGGGAACAUCCUGAAACUUGCCAUCAACAUUAUGAAAACGCGGCAAAAAGAUUCCCAACAGCUUCUUCGGUACCUCAGUUACAUGGCCGCCUCCUGCAUAAUGCUGGAUGUUGUUCGCAACAAGAAAGGGGGAAAAAUCAAUGCAAUAUUCCCCCACUAUGUAGAACAUCUCCGCUCAGCCGUCCGAAAUUUUGCCAAAAGCCACCAGCCUUGCGAAUAUGCCAGGCCCGAGAACGGCAUGCGUUGCGUCAACGUCAGCUCCGGUCACUCAAAAGGACACCAGACGUCUGAUGGUAAGAUAUUCGCAACUGGAGACUUUGUGGCAUCGAUCUCCCGUGCAGAACUUCAACGUGACUUUGAGAGCAGGGUUUUCAUCUGUCUACAAAAGCUGCAUCAGGAUCUGCAAGAUCGUACUGUCAAAGUCACCAGUUUCUUUGACCUGAUCGUGGGCACCAGUACUGGAGGCUUGAUUGCUCUUGGCCUCGGCGUGAAGGAGUGGUCCGUCCAGGAAUGCAUCAGAACGUUCGAAGUAGACAUGUCCACCCUGAAAAGCAGGGGCGAAACCAUGAAUGAAGAAUUGAAGAUCUGGGAAGCAGCUCGAGCAACAUCAGCAGCACCAUGGUUCUUCAAGCCUUUCAUGCAUGGAGGGACAGGGCAGACUUACUUCGACGGGGCCAUAUUCCACAACAACCCAAUCGCUGUCGCAAUUAUGGAGCGGCAAAACCUUUGGCCAGAUGAGCCGUGCGAGUUUCCCGAUAUCAUCCUCUUCAUUGGUACAGGAACCAGCACAGGGCUCGAGACUCGAAGGUCGGGUCUUCAACCCGAGAAACCACAUCAGGGAUUGGCCGGACUCCUGGCGAACAUGUACCACCUGGCCAAGGAUCGAUUCGAAUCUGCGUUGAAUUUUGAGAUCAGUGAGAUCGGCACUUUGCUUCGUCGAUGGGCGGAGAUGGGCCACCCGCCGAAAUUCGAGUUCAGUGAAGCGGGAAGAUUGGUGCAUUCCAAAAGCAGCCUUAUUCUCGCACAGGAAGACCUCAACCUCAUGAUCAAGGAGUCCAAGUUUCCCCAUAUCUACGUGAAAGUCAGGCUGUCCUACAACCGGUCGGAGACUGAAAUGCGCCUUUCAUUUCAAGAUCGAAACAACAGUGUGUAUCCUAUUAGUGGGUUUCCGCGGUGUCUUGACGACGAUGAAGUUGAUAGCAUGGGAGGACCUCGCAGGGGUUCUGGUUUCUCUUCUGUCAGAAAUCAUCGACGCUGGUUUGAACUAGUUGGUGAACCAAGCUUGGACUGGGUUCCACCCGACACGCCUACGGUGGAUAAUCUUGGGCAUACCUCUCUCACAGCGUGGAGUACAUCUGCAGACAUCCUGGGGCAACCUUCAGAAGAGACAUCUGAGGAAAUGGACGUACCGGUCGUCAAGGUGGAUGUGCCGCCAGAUGAUGCCGCAAAGAUGAAGGGCAAGCCACUCUCCCGGUUAGGAAGCAUCAGAGGCCGACUUUCACCAUCCUCGAGAACUUCUGAGCCCGAUGUUGUACAAUCUGUGAGCGAAUCCGCGCAAGAGGAGCAUAUCUCGAUGACCCAAGAUAUACAAGAGCUUCCCGGCGAUUGCCUCCUGGAACCCAACGCAGGUGGUACCCUCCACGGAGUCGAUGAAGGACUACCUUUCCACGGUGGUGUCGGACAUCUGUCGGAGCAGCUGACAACCACGGACAGGUCUCCAUCUCCCACUUUGCGUAUCAACGAGGGUCCUCCCAGGCCGAUCGAAGCCUCAACUCGAGAUGCAGGCUCCUCGUUCCAGGCUAUUAUCCCCGACCUUGAAUACGCCUUCUCCGGCACAUCGGAGCCUCGGUCAAGGUCUCCAGGACUAGUUGAAAGAACAUUGUCAAAAUUGCACAGGAGUACUUCUGGAAGGAGUGUUUGA